GAUAAGAAGCCGUACCUCCUACAGGCUACAACCCUCUGUUUUUAUUUAUUCUCCUCUCUCUAGUUCUCUGCAACAAAGCCAAAAUUCAAAGCAACCACAAUCCACAAUGGCGUCCACUUCUCUAGCUUUUCCUUCCCUGCAACCAAAAUUUCAAGCACCCAGAAGAUCAUCCAAGCCCUCCACGCGUCGGAUUGUAGUCUGUCCGAUCUCUGCCUCGGUGUCCGAUACGCCAUCUGUGUCGGUCCAACGGGUGGCGCCGCCUGAACCCACCAAGCUUCCAAUCCGGAAAGUCCCCGGAAACUAUGGCGUACCUUUUAUCGGUCCAAUUAAGGAUAGGCUUGAUUACUUUUAUAAGCAAGGCCGUGAAGAGUUCUUUAAAUCACGCAUCCAAAAGUAUCAGUCAACGGUGUACAGAGCAAACAUGCCACCUGGCCCUUUCAUAGCCUCCGAUCCAAGGGUUGUGGUUUUACUCGACGGCAAGAGCUUUCCCGUGCUCUUCGACGUCACCAAGGUCGAAAAGAGAGACCUUUUCACGGGGACUUACAUGCCAUCCACGGAGCUCACCGGGGGUUACAGAGUCCUCUCGUAUCUCGACCCAUCGGAGCCGAGCCACGGCAAGCUCAAGCGCCUCCUGUUCUUCCUCCUCAAAUCCCGUCGAGACCACGUCAUACCCGAUUUCCAUUCCAGCUACGCGGAGCUCUUCGAGGGCCUAGAGAAUGAGCUGGCAACCAAAGGAAAAGCCGCUUUCGGAGACGCCAGUGAUCAAGCCGCUUUUAACUUCCUGGCUCGUGCACUCUUCGACACGAACCCCGCAGAGACCAAGCUCGGGCUCGACGGGCCAAGCCUGGUUGCAAAAUGGGUCCUCUUUCAGCUCGCCCCUCUGCUCAGUCUCGGCCUCCCUGUGCCUCUCGAGGAGCUCCUCCUCCACACCUUCCGUCUCCCUUCAUUUCUGGUCAAAGCCGAUUACCAGAGGCUCUAUGACUUCUUCUACCAGUCAUCCGGGUUCGUCCUUGACGAGGCCGAGAGAUUAGGCGUCUCUAGAGACGAAGCUUGCCACAAUCUUCUCUUUGCCACUUGCUUCAACUCCUUCGGGGGCAUGAAGAUUUUCUUCCCCAACAUGAUCAAGCUCAUCGGCCGAGCAGGGGUCAAAGUGCACACACAGUUGGCGCUGGAGAUUCGAUCAGCCAUCAGAUCCAACGGCGGAAAAGUCACGAUGGCGGCCAUGGAACAGAUGCCUCUGAUGAAGUCCGUCGUGUACGAAUGUCUCCGGAUAGAACCGCCCGUACCGCUCCAAUACGGGAGAGCCAAGCGCGACCUCAUCAUCGAGAGCCACGACGCAGCUUUCAAAGUCAAAGAAGGCGAAAUGAUAUUUGGGUAUCAGCCAUUCGCGACCAAAGACCCCAAAAUAUUCGACAAAGCCGAAGAGUUUGUGCCGGACCGGUUUGUCGGAGAGGGUGAGAGAUUGUUAAAGCAUGUGUUGUGGUCCAAUGGGCCAGAGACCGAGAGACCGACGGUGGGGAACAAACAGUGUGCUGGAAAGGAUUUCGUGGUUUUGGUGUCGAGGCUUCUUGUCGUGGAAUUGUUUCUUCGAUACGACUCAUUCGAGAUCGAGAUGGGUACGUCGGUGUUGGGGGACUCUAUUACCCUGACAUCUCUCAAAAGAGCCACCUUUUGAUGAUCAUUGUGAUCACUUGCUUAAUUGGAAACUGUACAAGAAAUUUUCUUGUGGUUAAUAGUCUUAUUGCCUAAAUUGUAUAUGUAAUCUUUAGAUUCAUUGCCAAUACAUAUAGUGUUGUUGCCAUUU